AACAAUAAGGUUAUCUGAUUCUGGAGAAAAUCCAUUUAUUUCACUGUUGUUUCUUUAAGUCUCAUGAUCUUAUUUUGUAACAAGGAACUGUAGACUACUGAAAGCAUGGGAAUUUGGAAUCAUACAGAUGUGAAAGAAUUCAUACUGAUCGGCUUAACAGAAAGUCCUAAUUGGCAGGUUCCUCUCUUUUUGCUUUUUGGCACAGUGUAUCUCAUCAUUCUUCUGGGUAAUUGGGGGAUGAUUAUCUUGAUCUGGCUGAAUGCCCACCUUCAUACUCCAAUGUACUUCUUCCUUAGUAACCUCUCUUUCUGUGACAUCUGCUACUCUACUAUCAUUGCUCCUAAGAUGCUCAUCAAUUUCCUAUCAGAACACAAGUCUACUAGGCUGUUUGCCUGUAUUCUACAGAGUUUCUUUUUCGCAGUUUAUGUAACCACGGAAGUAAUCCUCCUGUCUAUGAUGGCUUAUGAUCGCUAUGUGGCAAUUGCAAAUCCCUUAAUGUAUACAGUUAUCAUGACACACAACAUCUGCACUCAAAUGGUUCUUGCAAGUUACUUGGGUGGCCUCAUAAAUUCCAUGAUUCACACAAUAGGUUUACUCAAACUAGACUUCUGUGGUCCAAACAUUGUGAAUCACUUCUUCUGUGACGUCCCUCCUCUUUUGAAGCUUUCGUGCUCUGAUGCACACAUCAAUGAGAUGCUGCUUUUGGUCUUCUCUGGUGUGUUUGCUAUUUCCACUUUCAUCAUUGUCAUGGUGUCCUAUAUCCACAUUAUCAUUGCUAUCCUGAGAAUCCGCUCAGCUGAGGGAAGACGUAAAGCUUUCUCCACUUGUACCUCACACCUGACAGCUGUGGCACUAUUUUAUGGAUCUUUGACAUUUAGCUAUAUCCAGCCAAGCUCUCAGUACUCCAUGGAACAAGAAAAAGUCUCUGCUGUGUUUUACACCUUGGUCAUCCCCAUGCUGAACCCUCUGAUUUACAGCCUGAGGAACAAGGACGUGAAGGAAGCAGCCAAGAAGUUGAUUUGUGGGGAGAGAAAUGCCUCUUGA